GCAGCCAAUUGGAACGUCCGAUAAGCUUGUCCUACGAUGCAUGUAAAUUAACCUAAUGCGCAUGCGCAAAAAUAUCUCAUCUCUACCCAGACUGCUCGAAUAUUCCAUUCAGACGCCAUUGAUACAGCUGCAUUUACGGCGUUAAGAUCCUUUUACGAAAGAGUUAUUUCUGAAAUUAGAUCAAAAGUAAUUUUGUCUAAUCUUUGGUAUAUAACAUUAAUUUCGAUACAUCACGAUGCCUUCCACAAAUAUUCAGGAUGAUCCAUAUGCACACGCUGCAAAAGGACUGCUGAAAUUGAAAAAUGACCAGCCAGUGAGCAAAAAAAGAAAAGAGAAAAAUGAGAAGAAAAAGCUAAUAGAAGUAUCGAAAGUUAUUGAGAAACAGACAUCUCAAAGGACAGAAGUAAAACGAACAAAAGCUGAGCUGGCAUUCCAAAAAAUGCAAGAAAAGAUGCAAACUGAACGGAUUAAAGAAAAAGCCUCCAAAACCCAUAAACAGCGUGUGGAGGAGUUUAAUCGUCAUUUGGACAGCUUAACUGAACACUUUGAUAUACCUAAAGUUAGCUGGACCAAGUAAAUGUUUGUGUCGUAUCUGAUGUAUAUAUUGU